AUGGCAUCUGAGAAAGAGAUAUUCAAUGCAAAGUGGACCGAGCCUUUAACCAACCUGUUUGAAAAUAGUGAGUGGACAAAAUUCAAGAAGGAUGAAUUUUCCCAGUAUCCCGAGCUGUGUAUUGUAUUUGGUGGAACAUAUGCUACCGGGGAUCAUGCCACAGGAAAUGCCGAAGAUUUGACGAUGUCAAAGGAAGGUGACAAUGGUGGUGAUGCAGACGGUGAUCCAGAGGACUUAAGUGAGCACUACAUUGAUGAGACAAUCUUUACAUCCGACAAUACUACAGCUCCAGUUCAUGACAAGCACAAAUUAGAUAGGACUCCAAAUGCCAAGAGGAGAAGAAAGAGUACCUCAUUUUGCAUUGCUGACACUUGCAAAGCUAUACAGGAGCUGAUCAAACCUAAGGCAAGUCAAUCUGUGAGUGGCUCUGCCACCUCACAGGUCACACCACCACCCGUGGACCCCUUCUCCGUAUCUGCUGUCAUUGAUGGCCUACUUAGUAUGCCUGAGUUGGGACCAAAUCUUUACAGCAAAGUAGUGAAACGAGCAUAUGUUAGUGCCACAUGGAGGGAGGCUUUCAUCAAAACCACAGCUGAAUAGAAAAAUGCACUUCUUCAAUCUCUUUAGUAGAUGUUGGGAAAUGUAAUGUGGAUUGCAUGGGGUUUCAUUUGAUUGUAUGACUUAUAUUAGUAAUUGAUAUUUGGUUUUUAGAGAUUUUGAUCUCGAGACUCUUGUACUUUUGUGGUGCCAUGGGUACGACAAACUGCUUGGGUGCUAUUUAUAUAUUUGGUUUGCUUUCACUCUAC